AUGAUUCAGAAAUAUAUCCAAUGUCCCGAAGCAAAAAAUGAAAUGAAAAAGAUGGGAAAAAAAUUUUCUGGAAAAAUGGAAAUUGAAAUUCAAUCUCGGAUUCUGUUGACUGAAAUUCGGGUCGACGCGAUGUCGUCGACGAGCAGUAUCUGCUCUUCAAAUGACGCUGAUUUCAUUGUCGAUACGCGGAUUCCGUCGACGAUCCGGAGAGAUAUUGAUCGAUUUUCAGUGUUCAUCAAUCGGCUUCGGGCAACGUUGGAUCUCAAUUCGUCUAUCGUUGACGGCGAAUCAAUGUGCGUAAAUGUGCACGCAUCUCUAGAAAUGGUUUCUGAGUCGAUGCGAGACUUGUUCAAAUACUCUCAAUUCAAGACGAAUCCCAUCAUUUUGCUGUCUCUUCAACUUGUGCAAGCCGUCAAAGACUUGAAAUUCGAUACGUGCUCAGUGGAUACAACACCGGUGCUAAACAUUAUCGAUCAGUUGGAAUCAGCUGUUUUAAACAUCAUUCUGUGA